AUGACCACACGAGACAAGCCAGAUGAAGUUGUUACACCGACCACAUCACACGGGCUUACGUCGCAGGGGAUAGUAUCUGCGGAAGCUCACAUAUCAAGUGUAAUAGAUUCCUCUCAGCCUAGAGAUCCAGUGCUCCACGAAGAAGGACUUCAAAAGGAUGACAGUCAAUUGGCGCCAGAUUCGACCAUAUGGUUCCCGUCAAACGUAGAGACUCCCACAUACCUUUCGUGCCCCGCGGAUAUCGACGAUUUGCUUGAUACCAAUGCUAUUGAAGAUCCAUCGCCAAACGAGUAUGGAACAGAAGUCAGCCCGGUAUCGGGGAACAAUGCUGCUGAAAUUGGCGAAGAAGAUGCCCCAUCGUCAGAAACAUCGCUUUUCUCGCAUGGAGGUAACAGCACUAUGGUACGGCAACUUGACAACGUCCUAUCUGGUAGCCGACAACAGGAUUACUUAAUUAAGCAUUAUUAUAAUCACGUGGCAGCAGUUCUGCUUCCUCUGAACUACUCAGACAACCCGUUUCGAAGCAUCUAUUUGUCCACGGCGGUGGAGGGGUUAUUCCGAUACGACUCACACGCUUCCACACCGAGAGAAGUAGCUUGUACUGCACUCUAUCAGUCUUUGUUGGCAUCCGCAUCGUACCAUCGCUGGCAAUGUAACAAGCAAGAUAUGGUUUAUCAUGAGCUUGGGGCCAAGCAUCGGAUCAAUUCCAUCCAGUUAUUACAAGCUGCACUCACACAAGCGCCACCUACGGCGAAUUACCAGGCUCUAAUGCUUGUCGUACUAUCCCUUGUUACUAUAGGUGUUGUAUCUGGUGAAUGUGACGAUUUUCGAAUGCAUAUUCAAGCUGCUGCACAGCUCCGUAGCGUACGGAGUCAAUGGAGGGUUUCAAGUCGUUCUUCUCGACGACUAAAUGAGUUCGGCGCCUUUCUAGCCCUGCUGUCGGAAACCGUAUCAUCCGAGCCCUCCAUCUAUCCUUGGGGCAAUAAAGAUGACAGAGCCAUCUCUGAAUGCUCGACUCUGCACUCCAGUGAAUGCUACACAUUUACUUACGGUAUCACACCCACCAUCACACUGGCUAUCAAUGAAGUCUGCCACCUUUCCAAGCAUCUUACUCGCUUUCAAUUAGAGAGUAAGAGCUUGCCUGACGAGUUUCUAGAAGCAUGUGAAGAACUGGGUAACAUUCUUGAGGCUUGGAGAUUGGAGGACGAAGAUAUCACAGCUGUCUUUACUGGCGAUGAGAUGAGUUCGUCGGUUUUCUCUCAUUAUGCCAAGGGAUGGCAUGGAGCUGCGCUGAUCUACUACUACACUAGCAUACAAGGGAUCAAGCGUGGGGAGCUCACAAGGGUGGUUGACGACGUGGGCGAGUAUGUGAACAAGGCUGAAGAUUUAAAAUCAUUGAUGGAUAAUGCUGGGGAUGGAAUAUCUAUGGCGCCAAUUACGUGGCCAGCGUUUGUUGCAAGCUGCAAUGCCCUAAGAGAGCGACGUGGUGUAUGGGAACAAUGGUGGAAGCGUGUACAAAGGUACAAAUUGGGCAAUAUGAGCAAACAGUGGGAUUUGGUUCAGAGAAUAUGGGCUAUACUUGACAAGGCCGAGAACCAAGCGAUAUGCUUGAGUUGGGUUAAUGCCUAUAAUAUGGCAGAUUUUGAUGUCCUACUUGUGUAA